ACGCAGGGCCAGAAUUUAUACACCCUGUGCCUCAAAAGCCCACACCAGGUGCUGCCCCUUGCCUUUGUUCUCUGCCUUUGCUGAGGGUGACUCUGUCUGUGUGAGGCUGCAGCCAUGGAUGAUGUAUACAAGGCAGCGGUUGAAAACCUAACUGAAGAGCAGAAAAAUGAGUUCAGGGCUGCCUUUGACAUCUUCGUCCAGGAUGCUGAGGAUGGCUGUAUCAGCACCAAGGAGCUGGGGAAGGUCAUGAGAAUGCUGGGCCAGAACCCCACCCCAGAGGAGCUGCAAGAGAUGAUUGAUGAGGUAGAUGAGGAUGGGAGCGGGACAGUGGACUUUGAUGAGUUCUUGGUCAUGAUGGUGAGGUGCAUGAAAGAAGAGAGCAAAGGAAAAUCAGAAGAGGAGCUCGGAGAGAUUUUCCGAAUGUUUGACAAAAAUGGAGACGGGUACAUCGACUUGGACGAGCUGAAGCUCAUGCUGGAGUCCACUGGGGAGGCCAUCACAGAGGAUGACAUUGAGGAGCUGAUGAGGGACGGAGACAAAAACAACGAUGGGAAGAUUGACUAUGAUGAAUUCCUGGAGUUCAUGAAGGGAGUAGAAUAAAUAUUCUGUCUCUUCAGUCUCAAGAUCAUCCUCAACAUUUUGCCAGUACAAGAAAAAACAGCCCCUGCCCUUUCCUAUCCCGAAGCUGAAUUUCCUUGGUGACACCAUCCACUGAGCAGCAAUGCAACCCAUUAGCAUAUGGUCGCACACCACUGUUCUCUGUCCACUUAACAUUCUGUGAACUUAAGCCUUUCAUUAAGACCAUUGCUUAAAAUGUCAGGUAUAUGUCUAUGACAUUUUUUUAUCUCUUGGUAACUGUGUCAAACUACAGUUUAAAUGCAAACCCACCCAUUGAUUUACCUAUUGAAUUUAUGUAAAAUAAUGUUAGUUGUUUUAAUCCCAGCUCACUGCUAUAAACAGUGGUAUCCUGUCUAAGUAAUACCAUACUAACAGUGGUACUCAUAACAUGUUUAGAUCUAUUUGAUUUUUUAAAGUAUAUGGUAUCGGAUAUUGCCCAAAUUCUAGAUUAUUGGAUAUAACUCAACGGAUAACAAGGCCUGAAAUGUAAUAACCUGUAAACUACACAUUUGUAACAUAUAUAUGAAGUACAAUCACAUCACUGUAUAUUUUCAAUAAAAAAAUCAUGAGUCCAA